AUGGUGGAGAUUUUGCUCCGAUUUGAACAAAUCACCACCCAUACUCUUAGCCAGAUGGAAAUAGUUGAAGAAGUAGGGAUAUUUCAGCGAUCUAUCUGUGCUACAAUCUUCAAGCAAAUGGAUAGCGCAACUAUUGAAGAUCAUUUCUACAAAAUAUUCAUGUCAUACUUAGAUCUCAGCAAAAUUAAGUCAUCCCAAGUGAAAAAUUACAUUUACGCAUCAAUGACUACGUUUUUGAUGAAAGUUUGUACAUUUUAUACAAAAGAAUUGUCAAAUGCUUUUUCAAAAAUAGUUAUUGAGUGCACAGUAGUAGAUUAUGACUCCACUCUUAUCGUAUCCAUAUUCGCUUACAUGACAAACUACAUUUCUCCAGAACAUUUAAUCGAUUUCAUGCUUUCUACACCGAUAUUCCAUCAUUUCUUCCAACAAUCUGUUUUAGCAUCAGAACGACUUUCCAAUAUCAUAUUCAAUAUCAGUGUUUGCAAUAAAGAAUGGCUCGAAAUUUUCUUUACAAAGUAUUUACGUGCUUCUAUCCUAUCAGGAGAGAGAACAAUGCUGUCAGCGUCACUGUCUGUAUUCAAUAAAGACAGAAAACUGUUGAUUCAACAGCUCAUUUCCGCUGGCGAAGAAAAUAAUUGGAGUUUGAAGUAUAUUAGCGCUUUAGCUUACUUCGUUUCUGCUGGAAACUUGGUUCUUGGGCCGCAAUUCAAGCCAGCACAGAUUGCAGCAUUCAAUUUUUUACUUGAAAACACAUCUUUUUCCACAAAAACAGAUAUUUUCAUAAUUCUAUCAACAGACGAUAAAAACAUAUCCAUUUCUUACAAAGGUGACAACGUAAUCGACCUAACUUACGAUGAUAAAACAAUAUCUUUCGAUUUUACAAACCAUAUCAACGAUCCGACAUUUUAUUCAUUAAAUUUACCACUUAGCUUACUUACUCCUGAUAAAAACAACCUUUCUACUGUCAUCGGAACAAAAAUUGAAACUUUAGGCAGAUUAGCUUCGAAAACGACGAAUAAAGAGACACUUACGACAAUUAUAGACUUAAUAUACGACGCCUACACUCAAAACAUAUGUCAUUUUACUUCAAUUUUGCGUUCAAUUUCAAAAUGCGCGAAUAACGUCAUAACAUACGUAAAAUCACCGAAAUUCUACUACUUACUUAACUCCACUCUUCUUGGUAAGGAGCAAUCGUGGUUCCAUUCAUCAGAAAUACUUCAUGCUCUACAAAGCAUCGAAAUUACGUUCUAUCCGUUCAUUUUUGGCUCGGAUGGACAGAGAAUUGUUCGCAGGAAAUUGAUAAAGUACGCAACAAACGCAAACGAACAAUUUGCCUCAGAAGCCAUUUUAUUUUUGAAAAUUUUGUCCCAGAAGUUUUUCGAUGACGUUAUUCAGGAUAUAUGGUUCUGCACUGAUUUCUUCGAUAAAGAGUCAGUUCACGCGCACUUAAAAAUUUUAAAUAAUAUUUUAGAAAAUAUGAACAGAGAUAUACCUGUUUUGAACGGGUUUAUCGACUGUCUGUAUGAAUUAUACGAACAAUUCGAUGAUAUCGAGUUUAUUUCCGAUAUUUUGAUUUUCUUAUCUCAUUUCGACCAUUCGAACAACAAAGUAUUAGUUUUAGAGCGUCUCAUUGACAUCUCAGUUGUUUUCAUCCACUACGGAAUCCAAUACUUAACGGGAGAAAUCAAAUCUUUAUCUGUAGACGAAGAAGUAUCAAUGCAAUGGUCCAAGGAGCUCUUCCAAUACAUUGGACGACAUCCUGUUGAUAUUACUGACAAAAACUCCCAUUCCACCAUUCUACAACUGAGACCUGUUUAUUCUGCCGCCAGAUUAAUCCUGAAUCUCAAGUUUUGCGUUGUAGAUAGGAAGUUCUUGAUCAGUGCCUGCAUCAGACUGUUCAGAUUCUAUCCAGAUCUCUGUACAAACUUCAUGGCGAAGAAUUUCAGAGAAUUUACAGACGAAGAAAGGGUAGAAUUAGUUUCCAGCCUCCACAAUCAGUUGUAUAUAGUAUCCAGUCCACAUGUACAUGCUAAAUGGGCUGAAAUAGCCUUGUACAAGAUGACUCCUGGAAAUUUACCAAGAGGAUUCUUAGAUAUGAUCACAAGAACAUGUUUAUUCUUUAUAAAGAACCACAAGGACUACAUGGCCCAUGAUUUGUACAGUUUUGCUGGCUUCUUAGGCUCAUUACACGAACAAUACAGAGAUUUACUCCAAACUUUCCUUGUUUCGCUUCCACAUGACAAAGCAAACGUCUUCAUUCGAUUGUCCAAGAAGAAAAUACCUGGUUUUGUUGAUAGAUUCGAGAACGAAUUCAUUAAUUUGGAAGCAACAAACGAAAUCAACAAAAACUCGGAAGUAACAAUCGAAUCUUUGAUCAAAAUACCAGUAAUAGACACAUGGGAGGAGAAAAUCGCGUAUUAUUCAGCAAUUGGCCGCUCAGAUCUCUACGAAACUUGUCUGAUUCAAUCUUACAUCAAAAAGACAAAAAUUGACUUCUCAAACACGAUUAUUUCCUCCAAAUGUGCUCUCCCUAUAUUUAAUUUCGUGUACAAACUGGAGAAAAACCAAAUCCAAAGUAUUGAAAAAGUAUUUUCAAUAAAAGACAUAGAGAACGGGAACGAAGAAGGUUGUUUGGCAUGGGCAUUGUACAAUAUCGAUGAUUUCAUCAAACAAUUCUUGGAAUUGGAGAAAAUUAAAAAAGAUCAUUUGUUAUUUUUAUGUAAACUCGUGUCCAGAUCAUCAGACAACAACAAGAUCAGAGAGAUCUUGCUUCCUAAGAUCCUAAAUCUCGAAUUCAAGAAGAAAAAGUUGCAUUUCGCCUUAUAUUGUGUUUUAAUUUUAGCUCAUUCGCUUAAAAACACAAAAGAAAUGCGAGAUAUCGUGUUCCUCUUCAUGCGCGACCUUGCAAACGACGUAGAUCAGAAACUUUCCGCUAAAGUUUUGUAUUCAAUUGUUGCAUACGCCGGAACAUCCCAUGAACACAACAAAGUGAUCAAAAGGUACUUCAAUGAAGCAUUUACUAACCCUGUAAAUGCUCUCUACUUCCAGACAAAGAUAAUCCUCAAAGCGAGAAAGGCAAAAAGAGCAAAUACUUCAAUUUCUGACAUCAUCAUUGAAUAUUUGAAUAGUGAUUUGCCAAGUUCUGUCAUGUCAAGUGUCAGAUUGGCAUAUCAAACUGUUUAUUCAUAUGGCAGUGAUGAUUGUUUAGUUACAUUGAAGAACUCUAUACAACCAUUGAUUGACGGAAUCAAGAAAUGGUUGUAUUUGCCUCCAAUUGCUUAUUCUUAUUCGAAAUUGUUGAAUUUGAUUUUGAAGAAAGAAGAAUUGAGAUAUCUACAUAACGUGUUGUUGUAUUCGUGUUUCAAUGAUCCUAUAUCAUUCAACAAUCCUUCUGAACUUGUCUACGCAAUGAAUGUGACUGAAGAAGCAAUUCCUCACGCAAAUGUCGAAACUUCUCAGUUUGAAUUUUUGUUCUCUAUUUGUCAGUUGAUGCUGAGUUUCAAGAAUUCAAAGAUAUUCGAGGCAGGAACAAGGUGCUACACGAAAGUGCUGCAGAAGAACAUUGACAAGGAAAAAAUGCAGGAGGAAGCGUUGAUUGCUACAUUGGAUUGGAUGUCAAACAAUGUCGGUUUUGAUCAUUAUAAAAUCAUGACAUUUGUUGAAUCAUGGCGUAAACUGAUGAUGGAAUGUUCAACAGUGAAAAAGGUUGGUGAGGCAAUGGCAAUUGAGUUUGUGAAACACGCAACAAGGAUGUACAUUCCUUUCUUGAUUUUCGAGAGAUGUUUGAAUGAAUUGGCUCCACAGGAUCAAAUUGACUUCAAACAGGACAUCGCAAUGGGUCAGACAAUGAUUGAUGAUGAGAGUUUGAAGAAUGCCAUCACUAGCUACUUGAACGGCGAUAAGUUGGCCGCUCUUGAUUUAUUGUAUCAAUAA